AUGCCUUCCAUGCUCAAGAUUGCCCUUCCGGCCCUGGCUGCCGCCCACCAGGCCUAUGCCGCCUGCAGUGCCACCGCGACACUAACGAUCCAGAAUGCCGGUGACGCCACCGCGCUCGCAUCCUGCUCGACCUUCUCGGGUAGCAUCGCCAUCGAGACGGGCACCAGCGACGACAUCGCCAUCAACGGCGUCAAGAAGAUCACUGGCGACCUGAUCGCCACGGCAAACUCAAACAUCAAGCAGAUCAGCGCCAGCGACCUGACCGAGCUUGACGGCCAGAUGCACCUCGACGGCCUCACUUCUCUCUACGCCAUCAACUUCCCCAAGCUCAAGACGGUCGACUCGAUCAAGUGGAACGCGCUGCCCAACCUCCAGGAGAUCGGCUUCGGCGCCGAGGUCACUUCGGCCAAGAACAUCGACAUCCAGAACACUGCUCUCCGCUCUCUCAAGGGUAUCAACAUUGAGGAGGUUGAGGAGGUCUUCAUCGCCAACAACGGCUACAUCGACACCAUCUCCAUGCAGCUGGGCAACGUCUCCAAGUCGCUUACCCUGGCUGACAACAACGAGGCCGUCAAGGUCGAGCUUCCCAACUUGAUCUGGGCUAGUAACCUGACUUUCCGCUUCUGCGGUUCCGUCUCCGUUCCUUCCCUCGAGACUCUCAACGGCUCUCUCGGUCUCUACAACAACGGUUUUGAGUCCUUUACUGCGCCCAACCUGACUUCAGUCGGUGAGGCUGUCGCUCUCGUCGCAAACGAGAACCUGUCCAACGUCUCUUUCCCCCAGCUCACCAAGAUCACCGACAACCUGCAAAUCGCCAACAACUCCAAGCUCAUCGAAGUUGACGGCUUCCCCAAGCUCAAGAGCAUUGGUGGUGCUUUCGACAUGAGCGGUAACUUUACCAGCGUCAAAACCCCCGUGCUCGACAGCGUUAAGGGCGCCUUCAACCUCCAGUCAACCGACAACGUCACUGAGACCUGUGCCUUCUACCAGCCUCUCAAGUCCAAGAAGCUCAUCCAGGGUGGCUACAAGUGCGAGGGCAAGCUCAUCGACCCCGCCGGUGAGGGCCACACUGGUACCAAGCAGGGUGGUAGCAACGGCAAGACUGGCGCCGCCACUACCCUCAGCGCUGUCAACGGUGCUCUCGGUCUCGCCGCCAUGGCCGCUAUUGUCCUCUUUUAAAUAAAAAUGUUCACGACGCUGGCGUUCCAUCUUAAUUGCAUAGACUACUCCCUGCGAUCUGACUUUCUUUGAUAGCGUAUAGCAUCAAAAGAAUAAGCGCUGAAGUUGGUGUUCAGCAUCUGAGGACUGGAGGGCUCCCGGGGACAGUUCAUGGGUCAGCAUGUAACACUUGUAUGUAUCAAUUUGGCGACAAGGCUUGGGGCAGACUUUUAAUCCGCAGUAUACUUAAGUCUGCCUCACAAUGGAGUGUGUAGAAUUGCAGGAAGGUUUGAUUUAUUUGGGAUAGUUUCAAGCAGUCAUUCUCUUCAUCUA